AUGGCCCAAGGGGUAUGUCUUGAAAGUCUUAAGAUCAUGAUUUAUAUCACGGUAUUUUCGGUGUUGCUUAUAUUGUUCAUACAAAGCCUGCAUCGAAAAAAUCCCACCAUCUCCAUCGAAGAAUUCUAUGUUCCUACUCUUAACAAGACUGCCACCGGCGGCGGCAACACCACCACCGCCGCUGUCGCUGCCGCCACCGCCACAACCAACAACAACACCAUCUACUUUGGUCUAAAGCUUUACAACACGAAUGUGGUGGGACUUUACUAUCGUCCAAUGAAUCUCACUUUUUCAUAUUUCCCAAACAAAACCACCAAUAGUAGUGUCCCCUUAGGUGUGUACCCCUUACGUGGGUUUCACCAGGGACAUUACAAAGAAAAGCACGUCCGUGACAAGGUGUUGAUCGGAGGAAUGACGGUGCAGCCUGACCGCGGGAGAGUGGUGGUGAUAAGGGUGGAUUUGGUCGGCAGGAUUAAGUUCAAGUCUAUUGCGCAAUGGAAGCGAACGAUGGUGGUCGGAGUUGAUGUGGAGGUCGAUGAGAACACAGGGGAAAAGGUUAAAAAGACUAGCAUCAACCUGGUCCGUUACAGUGCAGCUCCGGCAGCGGUGGCGGUCGGUUGGAUCUGUCCGGCGAUGUUGCUUAUAUUUUUGGUAGUCUCUUUAAUUUGAUCU